AUGGCGGCCUCAAGCCUGGCGUUUGACGAAACAGAAGCAAGACAGUUCAGAGACUGUGUGGGACGUUUACAAAAGUUUGCUUUUUAUGAUGAUGAGAAAUCAAGAAGUAGUCUGAGUCUUCUGUUAGAUGAGCUGCUGGCUGUUGAAUCAUACGUGUGUAGUUUUCACAGUGAACAUGAAGGCAGUGCAGUGUUGGCAUACCUGGCUCGGGUUGUACCGCUUCAUCUGGACCGAAUCGUGGCCAAAGUCUGCCAUCUCAUUGUCAACUUCUGCGCCCACAAAAAUGUUGCCCUGGCGACAAAUGACCUACAUACACUUGUGAAGUUCCUAACAGACUCACUCACCCAGUGUCCUAGUUUUGUGCAUGCAGAAAUCCUCAGUGCCCUGUGUGUCGUCUGUGAAAACAACACACAUCGUAUAGAGAAAUUCCACGAUGUUCUUGUGGGGGGCAAGGGCUUGCUGCUGCAACUGACUGAUGACACAACCUGCGACGAUGACGUGGUGGUGGAGGCCGUCAGGUGCCUGGCUCUGUUCACUGGCGUCGGGCGCAGUCAUGCUGACUGUAUUGAGGUCAGGCACCUGUCUGCAAGCUUCGACACAUUUGUACACUUGCUACACCGAGCACCUCACAUGAAGAUGGACACACACAUGCGAAACAAGCUUCUGAUGCACUGUUUCAGCGGGAUACAAAAUAUCAUUGUGAUCAAACGUCUGCCAAACAUCGAACUGGGCUUCCUGUUUGCGGCUGUCAGGGCAUACAUGUUCUACGGUCUGACCAGCCAUUCCCUCAACAUCCCAUCUCAACUUUACCCCAAUGUGGUUACUCCCUACGAUCCCCUGGUCUCCUCGAAGACCCUCUCCAAAGCAGCAGGCGAUGCUGGAAGGCGAGAAGUCAACAAAUCAGCAGAUACCAGUAUGGUCAAGUCCAGCAGAGGCCUUGGGACCAGUGAAGCAGCCUCUAGCGAUAGGAGCCAGAAUAAGAAAUUGAGGAAGAGAAAAGGAAGAGGAAGGAGUGGAGAUUUGGAAGAAGACAAAGAGAAAGCUAGUGUCGUGGAAGAGAGGCCAGCUUGGUCUUCAGCUGUGGAAGUGAGAGGUGCACCUUGGAGUGAUAUAACUCCCGAGGCCGAAGCUCAAGACUGGGAGGCUGAUUGGCUGAAGUUAAGCAGUUCAGAAUCUGAGUUCUCCGACACAGAAGGGGGCAAAGCUCGGCAGCAGAAGUCAGAGAUGGUCAGGGUGAGACAGUCGGCCCUGAAUUGUUUCCUCAACAUUGUGAGGAUCAUCGACAAGAAAAUCAUGUUUGGCUACUGGUCGUCUUUCAUUCCCGAUGUUGGGUUCACAGCCAGUACUCCGCAGUUGCAGCAGUCGCUGUUCACCACCAUCCUCAGGGAUCCUUCUCCUCGGUGUCGCAUGGCUGCAGUUGCCAGUUUGACAAGCAUGCUAGAAUCAACCAAGCCAUACCUGGCAGCAGCAGAAGAGAUUUCCACACACCAGUCGGCGUUUACUCCGUUUUCCACCAUCUUGGGCUCCAUGAUCCGAGACAUGCACAGAUGCUUGCUGCAGGCUCUGGUCGCUGAGAACUUCAAGUCUGUGCUGACGCAGAUUAUCAAGUGUUUGGCCAACCUAGUCAGCAAUGUUCCCUACCACCGACUAAAUCCUGGCCUCUUAUCACGGGUGCUGAAACAGAUUCGUCAUUUCUAUAAUCAUAAAGAUCCAAACGUGCGCACAGCCUGUCUUACCUGCAUAGGAGCCAUUGUUGGAAUCAAACCACCGCUAAUGGAAGUCUCCCAGCUCAUCAAGCCACCCCACAACCCAGUUGGGGUGGCCAGUUCUGCCCACCCUAGUGAUUCCCCACUGUUUCGGCCUCAGGAUGCUUCUUACCUGCUGUACCCUAGUUUUGGCACAGCCCAAGUCCUCACUGCACUGGAGGAGAACCAGAAGGUGACUGACAACCCAAGGGAUGCUCAAAGAUGCCUUGAUCUUUCUGAAGCCGCAGCAGAGAAGAAUGCAGCAGAUUCCAAUGACACGUCCAGUUUUGUUGGCCCUCAAGCUAUUCUAAAACCAGACACUGGUGACCUCCAUCUAAAUGACAGGUUGAAAAAUGGGCUGACAUUGACAAAUACCAAGUUGAACCCCGAUGCCGAAACUUUUCGACCAGUUCAAGAAAUCGAACAUCCCAUUAAUAAUUUUGAUGAAAGCACACAGAUAAAUGAGACCAGCUUCGGGUCAGGGUACUGUACAGAUACCACGACCCCAGUUUUAGGGGCAAGUUCAGGGAUGGCAACUCCUGUGUUCUUGGAUCAGCUGCUGCAGAAACAUGCCAGGGAGACGUCCUGGGUGAUCAAGCUGUGUAUUAAAAAUAUAACAGGACAACCAGAUAUUCCUUGUGAAGAAAGUCACGCAAGAGUGGAAGCCUUCCAAAAGUUUGAGCCCCUGCCUAUUCGCUUGGAGGCGCUGCAGGUUUUGAGCUGUCUUAUCAGGAAUUACUUCCCUGUUAUCAGGCAGAGCUUUGAUCUUCUUCAAAACUUGGUACAGAAGUGCCUGGAGGAUCCGAACCACAUUGUCAAGCUACAUGGAGUGAAGGUUCUAGAUGAGCUGACACAAGUUCUACAGAAGGAUGUUGCUGAUGCCAGCAUCUCUCCAAACCAUGUCAUUCCUUUUCAGCAGGUGUUAGACUUCUGGCUGUACCUCCUGGAAGGCCCGUUGCCCGAGCUGUUGAAAUUUAACCCCGAAAUGUCCAUAGAGGGAAACAAUUUGGUGCGUUCCGGAGCUUGUGAGUGCAUGGCAAACAUAGGAGAGGAGGUGUUCGCAAAAUUACCUACAGCCCGACAGAUGCAGUGUGUUACCCUGGUCUUGGGACUGGCUGGCGAUGAGGACAAGCUGAUCAGAGCUUCGGCCGUCAGGGCUCUUGGCGUCUACAUCAUGUAUUCUGGUUUGAAGGAGGAUGUAGCCUUUGUGCUUGAUGCGGGCAAGGCAAUCUUAUCCUGUAUGGGAUGCCCCAGCAACUGUGUCAGGUUCAAGGCCGCUUGGGCCUUGGCAAAUCUGUGUGACACUUUGGUCCUUAACAAAGAUAAACAAGUUCAGGACUUUGUGACAGACUUUCCGCAUGACCUACUUCUGCAGCUGGUCCAGUGUGCAGCGUCGUCCACGAAGGAGAGUGACAAAAUCAGCUGCAAUGCGGUCCGGGCUAUAGGAAACUUGGUGAGGUACAUGCCGACUCGUUGUUUCCUGCAGUCAGACAUGGAGAAGGCGGUUGAGGCCGCAGUAAGGGGGUUGAUUAAAAACAUGAAUAGUGGAACUAUGAAGGUUCGCUGGAACAGUUGUUAUGCUGCCAGCAAUGCCUUCCAGAAUCCCGAGCUUCCGAUGGACCGAACGUGGGUGACAGACAUUCUCAACAUGCUGAGCAAGGUGGUGCAGAACUGCACAAACUUCAAGGUUCGAAUCAAUGCAGCCCUGGGAUUAUCUGCCCCUUCUGCAAGACAGGGUUAUGGGUCCCCAGAGACAGUCAGCAAUGUCUGGGCGAGCCUGGUCUUGGCCUUAGAGACGGCCGAAAAUAUCAACAAUUUUGCCGAGUACAAGUACAAAGAUAGUUUGACAGAACAUCUCUGUGGUGCGGUCCUGCAUGUAACGUCGUUGAUUGAACUGGCAGACCUGAGCGCACUGUCACAGCAAGUACACAUCAAGGGGCACAGUUUCCGAAUAUUCAUGGAGAAAUAUGUCAAGCUUCGUCUAGCUAAGAAAGUCCAGAGUGACAUCCCCUCCCUGGAGAAGGUCAGAGGUCAUCUACAGAGGUUAGAAUCGUCAGCAACAUCUGAUGACCAGAGACGCUGCUUGCAGGCUUUGUUGCAGGCCUGUGUGCCUGAUACAGAUUCAGCAGACGAGAGAACACCAGAAAAGACAUCAUUUCAACAGACCUAUGACUAG